AUGAAUUCCGAUAAAGAAGUUACAGAAUCUAAAAGGGUACGCGAAAGUGGUUUCUCUGGGAUAGUUAUGAGCGACUUUGGCGAAAAUGGGAAGAAGAGGAGUCUAGAACCAUUCAAUGAUUCAACAUCUUCCAGUGAAACCACCGUGCAUAAAGAUUCCUGCCGGAAGAUUUGCAUCAUUGCUAAAUUACAGUGUGUAUUAUUCCCUAUGAAACUAUUCGGAUUGUACAUCCAAGAAGCGACAAGUGCGUGUGGACAAGACUUUUCAAGUCGAAGAAGGACCUAUUAUUUAAAGCGUGCGUAUCAGUGCUUUGUAUUGGCGCUUCUAUGGGGCUAUUUUUUGAAGGCCUGCGCUCACUGGAUCAUAUCCUCUCGAUCUAAUGUUCCUAUGCUGUUGUGGAAUUUCCAGACCGCUCUGCAGGGCACGAUAUGUUUUUUCACCAUGCAUUUAACAGGGAAGAAAUCAAACUUAAAAAGUUUGUUGAUGUACUGGAACACGCAACCCAAUUUCGACGAAUUAGUCACCGAACCGUAUAUGAUAAAAUGUGUCAAAAGGACUCAACUUGCGGUUUAUUUCCUUAUGGCAUUCAAUACAGUGCUUUAUGGUUUAAUCCUGUUCCUUCCCUCAGAGUCUUUACAGCCCCUUGUGGAUUCAGUUAUCUCCCCGCUCCCUGACAGCAUGGCUAGUCGGGUCAUUUUCUUUCUCCUCUCUCUGUAUUGUUCAGCUGCUUGGUUAAUGCCCUUUGGAAUCUUUACCGCUGUGUGCCUGACCUUAAUUCACCAGUGCCAUCGUCUACGAAAGACAUUACGACUAACAGCUUCCGCCAGUGAAGUAAGAAGAAUCAAGAUUUUAAGGCAGCAGCAUUCGUCCCUGUGUGGUUCUGUGAGAAAGGUCGACAACUUGUUUAAAUUCUUUACGCUUGUUGUCUAUGUGACAAACAUUCCAAUGGUUUGCUUUCUUCUCUUCGAUCUAAUAUUUAGCAGGCCCCAUGGCGUGACAACUCAACUGACCUUGAGUUUUUGGUUUGUCACUGUUGCAUUGAUAAUGAUCAGCGUGUCAUUCCUUGGCGCGCAUUUAAACAGUAAGGUAAGCUACAAGGUAUCUACAAUCACAGACAAAAGUAGUUGGGAAGGUUGUACAAUAUAACAGUAGUCUAUUUUAAUCCUCAAAAACGAGAGUUUUCUCUUUUGCUAACUAUCCCCCGUCACCCCUUUUCAAUAAGUAUGCAAAUUUCUCUACAGUUGAUUUCUUGGGGACCGCAUUCAAAUUAAGAAAGAGAAACAAAAUUUCGUCGUCGCUUGUCUACGUCCUCCAUAAAACGUGAAAUUAGGCAUUUUCACGUCGUAGUCGUGCAGUAACGGCUAAGAAAUAUACAGAAAAGCGUGAUGCACGUGCAAACCUGUUGUUUUGCUUAAUACAGUUAUUGCUGUUUUGACGGUCUCGCUGCCGUCGUCGUCGUCGUUGGUAAAACUACCUAAUGUUGGGAUGUAACAGAACAAUUACGCGCACAAACUUUAAAGUUUUGCUCAACAUUGGGCCAGGGGCGGGAGGAGAAAGGAAAAAAAAAGGUAAAAAAGCAACCUUCCCAACACUUUUGGCGAUAAUUGUAAGUAUUAAGUCCUAUGGCAGGUAAUUUAGUUUCCAGAAUCCAAGAAAUUUUGGCUUGUGGAAUCCAGAAUCCUGCUCUUUGGAAUACGGAAUUCAAUUCUAGGAAUCCCGAAUCCCGCUACGAUUAGAAUCCUGAAUCCCGGUUCCACUGAUAAUGAAUCCGGAAUCCUGUACCUGGUUUCCGGAAUCCACAGUGUGGGGAGGGGGACAUUGGGGUUACCCAAUACCGCAAUACCGUACGAAAAAUUGGCAAAUACCGAAACACCGUGUCAAAAAUGGACGAAAUACCGAUAGCGUAUUUAUGAUCGGUGACGCUUACUUAACGUUGUAUCCAUCUCGCGUGUUUUUUAAUCUCAAGCAUGUAUACGCCAGGAAUCAACCUCAGCCUUCGCGCGAAAACGUGAGAAGAUCUCGAAUUGAUCGGUACAAUGAUCGAAAAGCCAGGUCAUUGGAUGUCCUACCAAUUUCAUCACAUAGAGUAACUGUCAGAAGUCUAAAGUCUUCCAAAUAUUGACCUAUACAUUAGACAGGAAAGGCCAAAUGAACAGUACCGCAAUACCGUGAAGGAUCUUCUUUUACCCAAUACCGUUAGCCAGGGGGAUGAAAAACCGCAGACGGAAGGGCUGGAUGAUACCGCAAUACCGCACAUUAAAAUCAAAAUUACCGAAAUACCGCUUGAAAAAAAGCUCAAUACCGCAAUACCGUAAACCCCCGACCCAUGUCCCCCUCCGUGAGAUCCAACACUCUCAUUUUCAGAACGAGUCAGAGUGUAAAGAGUGAGUUCUAUUUGCUGCAUCAGAGUAAAAUGAUACCAAUUAAAACCGAUCUUUUGAAAAUGAGUUUUAUUUGCUUGAGAAUAGAAACUUACUUGCAAUAACUGAAUAAGAAAGAAUCAGGAUUUUUAUACACCAAAGUGUUGUGAAAAAAAAAUUAAUGACUCAUAACUGAGAUUCUUUUUGCUAGAGCUGCCUAAUAACUGCUUUGGUUGCAUUCAACUAACAUCUCACUUUUAUGAUUUUCUUUUUUACUUUUCAGAUUCAUUCAUUUACAGAAGUUGUUCAAAGAGUUCAAAUUUCCAAUGUUGAUUUGGACACACACACCGAGGUACUCGAAAAUACUAGAUAUGUUUCAAAACCCUUCGCCUAUAAAUAAGAUCCUCCUUCCUGGAGGUUGUCGUUUUAAACAAAUUACAAUAAGAUAAAAAAAACUGUAAAUAAUAAUAAUAAAAAAACAAGGAGGCUCAAGCCCCAAGGAACGAAAACAGCGAAACUUUGGGUGAUGCUCGAUAUACCAACUCAAUAUAUCCACUACUGUCUCGCGUUCUCUCGGGCGAAGUUUUACGGUGUUAUUGUGUAAGGGCUAAGGAUCAUUUUUGCGUCAUUCGUGACAUCAGCCGAAACUUCGGAGAAAAAUACCAGGCCCUCCCUCCACCGCGGUCAUACGUCUAUUUUUUUCUAUGAGGUGUCAUUUCAGGACGUUAAGAAUUUGUUUUCAAUUACUUGCUCAACAACACAGAAUUUGAGCUUCCGCUCAUUAAUAACCUUUCUCGCUAAGGCAAAAUUAUGCAUUAAUUUAAGGCUUAAUAGGGAUGGCUUUGACAAUUCCACAGUUUGGAUGUAUAAGUUCACUUAGAACUCUUUUUUCGUAAAUUGUAAACAGAUCUUUUGGAAAAUUAAGAGUUUACUUUGGUAAAAGUGACAACAGGGAGGCCCGGAUAAUGACCAAAGGUUUCUUUUUUGAAGAAUUUUGCUUAGCUUGCCUUGCAAAUUUUAUCGUUUAACGGCGGUAAAGGUUGUCGCAUGUCAUGACAUUCCUCAGUUCCAGGUCUUACCUGUAACUUAUAUGUAUUUUAUUUCCUUGCUUAGUUGAUGCUAUUCAUUGCAAAAUUAAACGGAGAUCCUGUCGCGAUUACCGCUGGAGGACUGGUGCCAAUCACCAAACCGCUGAUUGUAACGGUACUGCUGAUAUAUCUGUACUUGCUAGAACAUUCUUAGGGUAAACAAGGGAACGGCGUACAAUAAGGAAAGUAAACUUUAGUAAUCAAAAUUCCAAUCCAAACGUAGAGAUAUAAAUGCGCUACAACAACGCCAACAACUCCCACAUCAAAGGGACGCCGAUUUUUAUCCGACAAGUAAAUAUGUUAGCAAGAGCUUUUAGUAGUACUUUUAUUGGAAAGAUUCGCAGAAGAUUAAGCCACUUCAAUAGCAAUGUUAUUUCACUGAUUACUUUUUCCUUUGUCUUUCUUUCAGGUCACUGGCGUGGUUAUUACAUAUUUUGCCCUUCUGUAUGAGUUGAGGUAA